AUGACGAAAGCGAAAAAUGGAUACUUCAUACCGUUUUCCGACGGAGAUGGGAUUUUAAUCUCCGCGCCGACCCCGUGGUGUCGAUGCCGGCUGUUGGUGUCUGGGGGCCCGAGGAGGCUCACCAACUGCCAAGCCCGCGGUGCCGAGACCGCGGCGAGGAUGGGCCUUGUAAGAAACGGUCGAAACUUUUAUCCUCCUCGGUCCUUUCCGUUCGAUGGGUUUGAUGACGAAAAACUUCGAGUCGCCGCGCCGGGAGUUCGUCCGUAUCAGCAACACGUAUGUUUGAGAAAAUCUUUCCAUGUGAACGCCAUCAACCUACCCAUUCCAGACAUCCUGGGGUUUGUGGGGGGGUCCGUCUGGGGUAAGGGGACGAGGGUCGUAACACAGGAUGAUGCUGGGGGAGACUCCGGGACGAGUGACGGGGCUGGUGAUAUCUUCACAAAGGGCCCGCUGGCGAUAAAUUGCAACAUACGACGAUCGUAA